CCCUCGCCUCUUCCCCCGGCGCCGGCGCGCUGGGUCCGGGAACCGGCAGUGAGGAUGGCGGACGGCGGAGCGGAGGAGCGGGGCGGGUUGGAAGCAGUCUCACGGGGUGGGCUCCGCGUCCUCCGGGAGCGCUGGAGGCGGGGGAUCCGCGAAUGCGGCAUCGCCGCGUUCGCGGAUCCCCCGCCUCCAGCGCUCCCGGAGGACGCAGAGGAGGUGUGCGCCCUGCAGGCUCUGCCGAUUGACGUGAAGCUGAACAUCAUGUCCUUCCUCUCCCCGCAAGAUUUGUGCCGCCUGGGGAGCACGAGUUGUUACUGGAGGGCGGCUGUGCAGGACCCGUUGCUGUGGAGGUAUUUACUCCUAAGGGAUCUCCCCUUUUGGACGUCCGUUGAUUGGAAGACGCUCCCAGAUGUGGAAAUUUUUAAUAAAGCCUUUUCAGAGGUCAGCGAUAACGUGCUCUACGAUUACAUGGCAGUAUACAGGAAAAGCUGUCCCCAGAGCAGAAGAAGUUUGAAAUUGAACCGUCCCCGGUAUGGGUCUGUGACUUCAUUUUUCCAGUCGCUGGUCACUCGGGCAGAACCUCGCUUUGCUAUGUUUGGACCAGGGCUGGAAGAGCUGGAUGACUCUUUAGUGCAAAAGAUGAUGACGUGCCAAGAAAUUCUGCAAAUAGCUGGCCUACCUCAAAGACAAAUUGAUGGAAUUGGAUCAGGAGUCAACUUUCAGUUUAAUAACAACCAAAAAUUCAAUAUUCUGACGUUGUAUUCAACCACCAGCGAGGAAAGGAGGAGAGCAAGAGAAGAGCAAGCUGUUACUGUGAAUAAGAUGUUCUAUCAAGAGAACAGCAUAGCAGGGAACCAGCAAGCUGUGCACUAUGGUGUAAUCACUCAAGUGAAAAAGGUGUGCGAAGUAGUUGAUGGAUUCAUUUAUGUUGCUAAUGCAGAAGCUCAUAAAAAGCAUGAUCGUCGAGAGGAACUGGCUCGUAUAUUGGCAAUGAUUGACCCAGCCCUGGGGCCUCCAAACAGACCUUUGCUGGUUUUGUCUUGUGUCUCUCGCAUUGGUGUGAAACGAAUUCCAUGUGUUUACAUGGCACAUCAGAUGCAACUAAGUCUGCUGCGUCAGCCCUGGAUGGUUCAGGACACUAUAGCUGCAACUUUAUCUGGAUUGCUAAGUGGAAUUGAGUGGCUCCUGGAAGAAGCAAAUUGUAAAAAUACAUAGUAAUGGAACUGUGCAUUGUCUUACAGUAUGGAGAUUUUGGUAUUUUGCAGUUAAGAUGAAGUGAGUCCUGACAGGGUAGAGUCAGAAGGGGGAUUUAAAAGGCAACCUGCAUAUAUUUCACUGCAUGUACUUUUAUAAUUCAUAUUCUUCCGCCUAUAGUCCUGAUUUAGAAGUGUUCAAGUAGGAUUGCCUGGAUUCCAGCAGCUGAUGGAGAAGUG